AUGACCAUGCGAAACUGCCAAUGCAAGACCAACAAAGAUCUUUCACUGACCAACUCAGAUUUAGCACUACUGGCAGUCUGGAGAGCAGAGCACCGGAAAGAACAACAGUCUGAAGUCAUGAUGGGCGAUCUUCCUGCUGAUCAGCAGCUCGGUGGCUUUAGCAAGACGUUUGUUGCUUCUCCCGACGUCGCCAUCAGAGCUCCCCACAGAGCUGCAGAAAGUCUUCAGUUUCUCCUGCUCACUCAUCUUCUCCUCACACAGAACACCCUGCAGAUGGGACACAAGCCACACCUCAACAGCAUGCUCCUCUCACCCAAGGUUAGUCAACCGGGCGGAGAGGAGGCGGUGGCGCGGUCGCUGAAGGCAUCGUUGGCCCUGCAGUACGCGCGCAUCUUCGAGGGCAGCUCCACAGAGGGGCGAGCGAGAAGGGUGGACGACGUCUACACGGAGCUCCUUGUGGUGGACGAGUACACAGGCGGAGCGCUAAGAGCUCACGAGGCUCAGUGGAUGGAGCAGAACCACUCCAGGCGCUCCACAUGCAGGUACGGUCCAGCCGGGUCAAGACCCAGAACCGCUCCACACGCAGGUACGGUCCAGCUGGGUCAAGACUCAGAACCGCUCCACACGCAGGUACGGUCCAGCUGGGUCAAGACCCAGAACCGCUCCACACGCAGGUCCAGCUGGGUCAAGACCCAGAACUGCUCCACAUGCAGCAGUUCCUGGAUCCAGUGCAACGACAUCUUCAGAGCCCAGCCCGAUUCCCGUAAGGUUCUCACCCUGGGCGUGGCAGGUGUCGGGAAGACUGUCUCUGUUCACAAGUUCAUCCUGGACUGGGCCGAGGGAAGAGCCAAUCAGGACGUGGCGUUCUUGUUCCCGCUGCCGUUCCGCCAGCUUAACGUAAAGUCGAAGAGGAAUCAGAGUCUCCUGGCGCUGCUGCAGCAGUCUUUCCUCGAGCUGAAGCAGCUGGACGCUCUGCCUGAGCGCACGAGUUCCAUCCUGUUCGUCUUCGACGGGCUGGACGAGAGUCGCUUCCAGCUGGACUUGGACAAGGAGCUGAUCAGCGACCCGACAGAACCGGCGUCGCUGGACGUGCUGCUUGCCUCGCUCAUCUCCGGGCACAUGCUGCCCGACGCGUACGUCUGGGUCACUUCUCGUCCGGCAGCAGUCAAUCAGAUCUCCCGGCACUUCCACCAGGUGACAGAGGUUCAGGGCUUCACAGAUGAGCAGAAGGAGAGGUACUUUAAGAAGAACACCAGCGCACCCACGGCCCGUAGAAUCAUCGCGCACAUGAGGAAGACAAAAACGCUUCACGUCAUGUGCCAGUUGCCUGUGUUCUGUUGGAUUCUGUCUGUAGUCCUGGAGGAGAUGUGGAACAGGGAGGGAGAAGCCAAGGAAACUACAACUCCCAGCAUUCCCAGCGACACUCCAACUCCCAGCACUCUCACAGAGAUCUACACCCGCUUCCUGCUGUACCAGCUGGGUCGGCGCAGUCAGAAGACGGCCUCGUCGUCCAAGGGCCUCCUCGACCUGGGCAAGCUGGCCUUCCUCCACCUGGAGAAGAGGAAGUUGAUCUUUGACACGGCGGACCUGCGAUCUUGCGGCUUAGACGACGGUGAAGGCUCUGAAUUCUCGGCCACCUGCACGCAGAUUUUCAAGGAGGAGACCGCAGACCUGGAGAGCCGCCUGUACAGCUUCCUGCACCUCAGCCUGCAGGAGUACCUCGCUGCCCUCUUCGUGCUGCACGGCGAUGACGCCGACGGGCGCCCCAGGCUUCGACUGCGCCGGCGCCUCCUCGGCAGAUCCACCCUGGACGCGCAGAAGGCGGCGGUGGAGCGUGCGCUGCGGAGCGAGGACGGCCACCUGGACCUGUUCCUGCGCUUCCUGCUGGGCCUCUCCCUGGAGUCCAACCAGCGGCUGCUGCGGAGGCUGCUUCCUGAGCGCGGCGGCGCCCAGGUCGAGCCCGCGGACCACAGGAUCGUCCAGUACCUCCACCGGACCAUCCGUGAGCAGGCCGGCGCCGAACGCAGCAUCAACCUGUUCCACUGCCUCAGCGAGCUGCGGGACGAGUCUCUGGUGCUGGAGGUGUCGCGCUGGCUGGACUCUGGGAAGUGCAGGCCUGAGGAGCUCACGCAGACGCAGUGGUCAGCGCUGGGCUUCCUGCUCCUCACGGCUGAGGAGACGCAGGUGGAGUUCGAGCUGCAGAGGUACUGGGGGAGCCACAAGGGCCUAAAGAGACUGCUGCCGGUGGUGAGGAACACCCAGCGAGCUCUGCUGACUGAUGUCGGAUUAAGUGGGGAGGGGUGUGACCCUCUAGUCUCCGCACUGAGAUCAAAGUCCACCCAUCUGAGAGAGUUGGACCUCAGCAGGAAUUACAUCAGAGACUCAGGAGCCAAUCAGAUUGCCUUGUUCCUGAAAGACCCAUCCUGCAAGCUGGAAAAGCUUUGUCUAGUGAACUGUGGUCUCAGUGAUGUGAGUUGUGGUGCCUUGGCGUCAGCUCUGCAGUCCAACCCUUCACACAUGAAAGAACUGGACCUCAGCGAGAAUCCAGUAGGAGACCAGGGGAUGAAACUCCUCCGAGACAUUCUGACACAUCCGCAAUCCCACCUGGAGAAACUCAGACUGCGAGACUGCGGCAUCAGAGAAGGGGGAGUGUCUCUGACGUUAGGCCCCGCCCCUCUGAGAGAGCUGGAUCUGAGCAAGAACCUCUGUGCUGACUCCGCCCUCCUCCAGCUCUCCACAGCUCUGCAGGAGCACCUAUACAAGCUCCAGAUACUGCGGUUAGGAGUCUGUAGGUUCAACACAGCUGGUUGUGGGGCGUUGGCGAGAGCGCUGCGUUUGAACCCUUCCUUCCUCCAAGAGCUGGACCUGGGCCGCAACAAGGUGGGGGACUCUGGGCUCCAGCUGCUGUCCAUGGUGCUGAAACAGCCACAGUGUUCCCUCAAGAGACUAAGGUUGAAAGGCUGUGGGAUCUCUCACCAGGGCAUGGCCGCCCUGUGCUCUGCUCUCCAGGCAAACCCAUCUCACCUUAUUGACCUCAACAUGAACUGCAACAAUGUAGGAGAUCUGGGCAUCAAGCACCUCAGUGGCUUCCUGAAGGACCCUCACUGUACACUAGAGAGACUGGGGUUGCGCUGUUGCUCUGUGGGAGUGGAGGGCUGUGCUGACCUGGCUGCUGCCCUCUCCUCUAACCCCACCCACCUGAGGUGGCUGAACCUCAACUCAAACAACCCAGGAGAUGCAGGAGUAAAGCUUCUGGCACGGGUGCUGAAGGACCCUCGUUCUCAGUUGGAGAGACUAGGACUGAUGUUCUGUGGAGUCAGAGAUGAAGGCUGGUGUACGCUGGUCUCUGCUCUCUCCUCCCACCCCUCCCACCUGAGGGAGUUGACCCUCACAGGAGACCAGCCAGGGAGCAGUGGGAUCAGACAGACUGCAGAAUUCCUGGAGAAUCCUCUCUGUAAACUCAACAUAAUCAGACUGUCCUACUGUGGGAUUGAGGCCGAAGCGUGCUCUGCUCUCGCUGCCUCGCUGCUCUCCCACCCAUCUGCCAUCAGAGAGCUCGGCCUGAGCCACAACAGCCCUGGAGAUGCAGGAGCCGCGAGCCUCGCCUCCCUCAUCAAGGAACCUCGCUGCAAACUGGAGACACUCUGGAUGAAGAAUUGUGGGAUUGAAGAGGCAGGGUUUGUGGCGCUGGCCACAGCCCUCCGAUCAAACCCCUCCCACCUGCAAGUGCUCAACCUGAGCUCCAACGACCCAGGAGAGGCCGGGGUGAAGGAGCUCGCCAAGUUCCUCAAAGAACCGCACUGCCAACUGGAGAUCUUGAGGCUGAAUGAGUGUGGCAUCCGGAGGGAAGGGUGUGUGUGUGUGGUGUCAGCUCUCAGAUCAAACCCGCUGCACCUGCAGGAACUCAGUCUGCUGCAGAACAACCUCGGGGACAUCUGUUUGGGAGAGCUGCUCAACGACCCCCACUACAGACUACACACACUGCAGUACUGACAGACCCCACUACCGACUCCACUCACUGCAGUACUGACCCCCACUACCGACUCCACUCACUGCAGUUAUACAGUGUGACCAGUGGAAUCUCAGGACUGUGAUGUCAUCUUCUAGAGUGUGACCAGUGGAAUCUCAGGACUGUGAUGUCAUUUCUAGAGCGUGAUCAGUGGAAUCUCAGGACUGAUGUCAUCUUCUAGAGCAGGGAUACCAGAGAUAUGGCCCAGCAUGCCACCUCAUCCUGCUCCCAAGAUAAUGCCACCUCAUCCUGCCCCCAAGAUAAUGCCACCUCAUCCUGCCCCCAAGAUAAUGCCACCUUAUCCUGCCCCCAAGAUAAUGUGAAUGGAAAAUAUAUUCACAUCCUGAUCAGUUAUUAUCCACAAUGUGUCAUAGCUCAGGCAAAGUCAGUGGUUUAUAUUAGCCUCUAGCAUCAGUUUGCAACAUUUGCAGGAAGUUUGCUGUGGUUCAUUACAUUCAAUAGCUCAGGCAAAGUCAGUGGUUUAAAUUAGCCUACAGGAGGUUUGUGUAUAGAUACAGUCAACACAACACAGGUUACAUCUAAUUCUUACAGGAGGUUUAUGUAUAGUGGCUAUACUAUAGCCUACUUUACACCUAAUUCUUACAGGAGGUUUAUGUAUGUAUAUAGCCUAUACUUUACACUUAAUUCUUACAGGAGGUUUAUGUAUGUAUAUAGCCUACUUUACACCUAAUUCUUACAGGAUGUUUAUGUAUAGUCUAUACUAUAGCCUA